AUGUUACAGAAGGUCGGACCGCUUACCGAUGAUGAAACUGGAGGUAGGACUGUGUUUGUUUUUCAGAACGGCAGAAGUAUUGAGGAAUAUGUGGAAGAAUUUAUUGAAACCAGUUACCAAGCCAUCUGCAGCGACCUCACUUUAAUGGACGGUUUCCGAGUUGGGCUAGAAGAGGACAUCAAAAUGGUAAUGCCACUCGGUGAUCCCAGCUGGUCUUUGGCACAGUACCUGAAGUUUGCCCUAUGGAUUUCAGGAUCAGCAUUUCAAGUAGGCAUAAUGGAGAUCGCGCCAGCCCCUGAAUCCAGUCCCAACAUUCCGACCACUCUGCUGUCGAGUCAAUCCGCCGUUCAACUCUUUAGUCCACCAUCCAGCCCGUCCGCCAUCAUCCAUUCAAGUCCGCCGACGGAGGCUCAUGUACCCUUAGGAAUUUUGGUGGAGUAUGAGGGGAUGUCAUACCCACCAGUGCCAGCUCCUCGCAAGUGCCCGCCUGUGCCAGCUCCUCGCAAGUGCCCGCCAGUGCCAGCUCCUCCCAAGACCUCUCCUGUGCCUCCGCUGGUCCCGUCCAGCUCUCCUGUGCCUCCGCUGGUCCUGUCCAGCCCUCCUGUGCCUCCACUGGUCCCGUUCAGCCCUCCUGUGUCUCCGAUGGUCCCGUCCAGUCCUCCUGUGUCUCCGCUGGUCCCGUCCAGCUCUCCUUUGUCUCCGCUGGUUCCGUCCAGCUCCGCGCUUCCCGAGCGCCCCCAAGUGUCCGCGCUUCCCGAGCGCCCCCAAGUGUCCACGCUUCCAGAGCGCCCCCAAGUGUCUGCGCUUCCAGAGCUCCCCCAAGAGUCUCUGCUGGUUCCGUCCAGCUCCGCGCUGCCCGAGCGCCCCCAAGAGUCUGCGCUACCCGAGCGCCCCCAAGAGUCCGCGUCUCCAGAACGCCCACCAGAGUCCUUCCAAAGGCUGAAGGUCCCUAAUUUCAUCAAAAAAAAAUUGGGGGGGGGGCGGCUAUAUACCCGUGGUCCUGAUAGCCAUAGUGGCAAUGCUCGGGACUUUGGUCAGGGCCACUAUGGCUCCUCAUUCAUGGCCUCUUGGAAGGUCGAGGCCACCGAGUCCACAGAUCUGCUAUGGCCUCCCAAGCUCCCUGCUCCGCCAUGGCCUCCUAAGCUCCUUGACCCGCCAUGGCCGCCGGAGUCCCCUGACCCGCCAUGGCCUCCCAGAGUCUUCUGUUCCGCCCUGGAUGCCUCCCCUGUAUUCCCUGUCUUGCACCAGCUUCCAGGGCGCCCACCCCCCCAGUGGUAUUGUUACGGCACGGGACGCGCCUUCCGGGAGGGGGAGGUACUGUCACGGAUCCGUCUGGCAUUCCUCACCACGUCUUCACUGAGCACCCUCACCGGAGUCCUAAUCACCUGCACCUGCUCCUAAUCACUACAACCACUUAGCCACAGGAUAAAAGCACACGCCACUGUUCACUCAGAUCGUCUGUCUCCAAGUUCCGUGUGCAUCUUGUGGAUUCCCUCGUCUCAUCCUCCCCGCAAGUCUGUGGAAUUCAGUUUCAUCACUCUCAUUCUCACAUAUCAUCGGUGUUCACCUCGGAUCUCACCCUCUCACCUUAAGUCUCAAGAUCAAUCUGCGUUUACUACUACCUGUUCAAUAAACACGAACGUACUGUCACUUACCUCUGUGUCUGGCUAUAUAUGUUACAGUGUAUAAGACAAAUAAAAAUUAAAAUAGAUCCUUUUACUAAUGUGUAUUAUACUUGGAAUGUAUACCUGGCAACUUAAAAACGGAGAGGCGGUUGUAACAUUACCAACAACGUAAGUUUCAGCCAGAGCAUACAUGGAUUUUACACAGCAGAAAUAAACAUGACAACAGCCACUAUAGA